UCACGCCAUUGGUUUUUGCCUUCUCGAAUCAACACCCGUUACAUUAUACUCCUCCUAUAUAAAACCCUCUCUCCUCUUACACCACCCCAAACUUUCAUAUCUCUCUUCAUCUCGCUUUCUCUCCUUCCUUACGCUCUCUCUGGAACAGCGCCAAAUAUUUCAUAAUUCACCGGCGAAGCUUGUGUUGAAGAUUUCGCGCAUUGAAGCCAGGCACGGGUUUCUUAAUGCCUGGGAAUUCCGGCGUUAUCGACUUGAAUUCCGACGCCGUUUCCGGUGACCAGAGCAGCGACGUGGAUGGAGGGGACGUUUCCGACCUUUUGAUUAGGGUCGGUGUAUCGGGGGUUUCGAAUGAUCAGGGCGGGGUGAUCGGAGGGAUGACAGACAGGGUUGGGGAUGUCGGGGAAGGGGAGGACUCGGGGAGGGUGGUUGAUGGUUUGGUGAAGGAGGGGUUGGAUAGGGUAAUGGGAUCUGCGAAUGAACGGAGUGAGGUGGAAGAGGGCCGUGGAAAGAUGCCGAUGAUUGAUGAUUUGGAAUGGUUGGUUUUGGGUUCAAAGGGUGGUGUUGUAAAUACCAGUGCUUUAUGUGGGAAAUCAUUGUUUUCUGAAAGCAAUGAAUUGGAGAAUGAGGUUGGGAGAGGCAGCAAUGAAGUCAAUACUCUGGGUGUUGCUGGUGAAGAGAAUUUAAUAGAUGUUGAAGUUCUUGCAGAUAAGAUGAUGGAUAAGCGUCUAGAGAAUGAGAAAGAAGAGGAAGUUUUCCAAGUUGCUGAGACAAGUAUAAAUAAGAUUUUUGGUGUUCAGGUUUCUGAAGUGGGAUUGUCCACUGUAAAUGAGUCUAAUACAGUCAAUCUUGUUGUAGAUUUGAAUCCUUAUAUAGAUGCAGAUGAGAACCAGAAGUCCAGAGCUUCGAUCAGUAACAAAGGAAAGGAGAAUGUUGAUUGCUGUAUUAAUCAGGUGGAGUUAAAUGGAAACGAUGAUUUAGUAAUUAAAGAACAGGUGAAAAAUGUUGAAAAGGCAAAAAACCUGCAGCAACAAGAUGUAAAAUGCGCAGCCUCAGAUCUGGAAUUUGAAGUCUCUGAUCUCGUAUGGGGGAAAGUAAGGAGCCAUCCCUGGUGGCCAGGGCAGAUAUUUGAUCCAUUAGAUUCAUCAGAGAAGGCAAUGAAGUAUUUUAAAAAGGAUAGUUUUUUGAUUGCUUAUUUUGGGGAUCAAACAUUUGCUUGGAAUGAGGUGACACAGCUGAAGCCAUUUCGAGCACAUUUCUCACAAAUGGAGAAGCAAAGCAAUUUGGAAGCUUUUCAUCAUGCUGUGGACUGUGCUUUGGAUGAGGUUGCUAGACGGGUGGUGUUUGGACUAACGUGUUCUUGUGUGUCUGAGGAAGUGCGCAGAAAAAUCAAAACACAGACUAUUGUUAAUGCUGGGAUCCAAAAAAAAUCAAGUAGAAGAGAUGGAGGGGACAGAUACUUGAAUGCAUCUUCUUUUGAACCAGCAGAACUUCUAAAUUACAUGAAAAUAUUAGCGCAAAGCUCAUGUGAUGAAGUUGAUAGGUUGGAAUUUGUGAUAUCACAAGCCCAAUUGUCAGCUUUCCAUCAUUGGAAGGGAUUUUCUCAGCUGCCUGAAUUUGAAAUGCUUGGUGGGUUGUUGGAAGAUGAUGAAAAUCUUCCUCUUUUGGAGGUAAAAAGGCAUUUUGGUGAAGCAAUAGAGGAUGUGAUUGAAGAUUUCAAGGAUCAUGAGCAAGUGCUCCCUCGAAAAAGGAAGUCAAAAGGUCAAAAUAGCUCUUCCCAUGAGCAUAAGGUCUUAUCUGGAGACAGUAUGCACCCUAGUAAAAAACAGAGAAGCUUGAUGGACUUGAUGGCUGGGAAUUGCUCGUAUUUGAAAAAUAUUGAGAAGUCGUCUUCUGAUAAGAAACUGAAGGAGAUCGGUACUCUACUGGAUGACUCAGCAGUGACUGAUAGGGGAAGGUUUGCUGCUCCACACUCUCAGAAAACUCUUGGAGUUGGAGACAGCAUUUGUAGAGUUGCAAACCAACUGAAUGGGUCAACCCCAAUGCUCAAGCAUGAAAAACCUGCUUCGUCUGGGAAAUCCCAAAAAAGAAAAGUCAUUCCAAUAGAAUGCUUUUCUCCCGAAGAGAUGCUGUCACAGAUCCAGUUGGCUUCCAUACAUCCCAUGGAAGGAUACAAAUUCUUGACUUCUUCCAUUUGUUUCUUAUCGGAGUUCAGGAAUUUUGUCUGUCUGGACCACCCUAGAUCACUGAAGGACAAGCAGUCUCUAAAAGAAGUAUCCAGUAGCAAGUCUGAGAAAUCUACACUGGAAGCUGUUGAAGCAUCUGGGUCUAAGUAUGUGAAAGACUCUUACUGGACUGACAGGAUGAUUCAAAGCUUCCCUGAAGAAGAAACAAUUGUGAAUCUGAAUGAAACAGGAGAAUCUGUGCGUGAGACCCAAGGUGAAAUGGCAGUUGUCAAUGUUGAACCAGAAGCGGUUUCGGAGUCUAGACAUCAAACUGCUGGUCAAAACCCUGAAAAGGAAGCAGAGAAGCCAGUGGACCACAUGAGUGAGAGUGGCAUGGAAGAACUAUCUCCGACAGCUCUGAUUCUGAAUUUCGCAGACCUGAAUUCUGUUCCUUCAGAAACCAACCUCAACAGGAUAUUUAGCCGCUAUGGACCUCUGAAUGAAUCGGAGACUGAAGUGCUAAAGAAGAGCAUUAGGGCAAAAGUGGUCUUCAAGAGAAGUUCUGAUGCAGAAACUGCUUUCAGCAGUUCUGGGAAAUUCAGCAUUUUUGGACCUUCACUUAUUAGUUACCGCCUCAAGUACUUGCCUGCUAGACUGCAUAAAGCUUCAUCUUCUUCCACUAAACGAAGAAGAAAAGAUGCAACAGCCAUGGAAGGCAAUGCAACAUGAUAGCAUAAUUUUGGUGAACUCGAUGAAGACUCCAAAGGAAGAGAUCAAAUUCUACAACUUCUUGGAGGUCUUGGAGCUGACUACAACUCCAUAGUAGCCUUGCUUACAGCUCAUGAAGAUGAUAUUUCUCUUCACUCUAUACACGGUAUUCCCCUUACUCAUGAGCAAAGGUUGUGCUUUCAAAAUUUAGUAGUAGAAAAUGAUGUAAUUGCUACAAAUAUUGCUACCUCACAAUACCAGGAUUACAACAACAAAAAGAAUCAAAAUUGUAAUAAUUUCAUUCCCAACAAGAAUGACUAUGGACACAAACCAAGUAGAAGAUCAAAUGGUGGUCCAAGUCAAGGUAUUCGAACAAUCAUACAAGACAUCCACAAUGCUAAUUAUGUGGAAAGUUCAGUCUCACCGUUAUAGUUAUCAUUGGUUUGAUAUUAAUUUUGAAGGAUUUACCUCCACUAACAACUCUUCUGCCAUUCAUAAAUCUACCAACAACAGCUACAACAACAACACCCAAAUGCAAGCUAUGCUUCCAUCUCCUUCCACUCCAAGCAAUGACGCCUGGUUCUUUGAUACUAGAGCUACGCAUCACCUCACUCAAGAGGUCAGCUCUCUCUUAAACGUCCAACCAUACAAGAGAAAAGGUCAAGUGAUUGUUGGUAAUGGUAAGCAAAUUCUCAUCCUCAAUGUUGGUACAAAAUCUAUUUCUUUUACUCUUUAGAUCUUUCAUCUAAAGAAGGUAUUU